AUGAUGGCCUCUAGUAGCUCAAACGACGAGGAUGCCUCGAUACCCAGUUCCUGUUCGAGCUUGGCCUUUAAGUCCACGUUCUUUGCUUCCUCUUUGAGCCAUUUGGACUCGGAGCUAGUGAAUUUGGAUCUAGCAAGAGUCUGCGACGCCUUGUUGAGCAACUGGCGCUCUUUCUGCUUGUCUGUCGCGGUAUCCAGUUUGUUCAGCUCAACCAAACUCAAUCCGAUGAUCGAGUCCUCUUUGUAG